GGAUUACUUUAAUUAGUACUUAUAUACAAUUAACAAAGUAAUGAGUUCUACAGCAUUUAAAACCCUCUCGGCCAAGGCGGCUGCUCAAUUGGAUAAGGAAUUAAUGUCGUCAGGGGCAUUUUCUAUAGAUCAAUUAAUGGAAUUGGCUGGUCUUGCAGUAGCUCAAGCAGUAUAUAAACAAUACCCCCCUUCAAAAUUAUUAUCAACGGAGAAAAUUUUAAUUCUAGUAGGUCCAGGAAAUAAUGGUGGUGAUGGACUUGUGGCUGCUCGUCAUUUAAAGUUAUGGGGAGCUUAUGAUCCUGUAUUAUAUUAUCCUAAAAAAUCUACUAAAAAUCAAUUAUAUACAAAUCUAUUAACUCAAUUAGUAGAUUUAGAGGUUCCAGAAAUAUCUACAAUAGAAGAAGUAAAACAAUUGGUAAUAGAUAAAAAUGUUAAUUUAAUUCUUGAUGCAUUAUUUGGAUUUUCUUUUAAACCUCCUAUAAGAGAACCUUUUGAUGAUUUAAUAUCUUUCUUAUCUGAAAAUCAUUCUAAGAUUAGUCCAAUUAUAUCAAUUGACAUUCCUUCUGGUUGGGAUGUUGAUAAUGGCCCUGUGGAUGUUGAUAUUAAUCCAACUAUGCUUGUAAGUCUAACAGCCCCUAAACCUUGUGCUGAUAAAUUUAUAAUUGGUCACCCAGAAAGAAUUCAUUAUCUUGGUGGUCGAUUUAUCAAUCAAAAGAUUGCUAAAAAAUAUGACAUUGAAGAUUUGAUUAAAAAGUAUAAGGAUGAUCAGUUAAUAGUUAAGUUAUAGUUUCUACAGUUUAUAUAUUUUUAAUGUUAAUG